CGGGAUACUUGUUUGGAAAGUUACGUCUCUAACUCAUUAAUACACUCUCUUACACAUCCGAUGUAAUUAAGGUAGCCCUACGAAAUUGCCCACACAGGCGUCUUUCAAGUUCUUGGAACAACCCACGGUGUUGGUCCAUUCAACGGGAAACUACACAUUUCAGACUUACAUAAACUCCUUAUUCACGCUUGAACCAGAACAUCCCCACUGAAAGCGGUUUGUCAUAGUACGGUCGCCCUACUAUCACCGCAAUGACUUCCCCCAAGCCCAAGGUAGGGGAGACUCGACCCAAGUCCCGUUUCCGGCCGAAACCAAUUCGUCGAAGCGAAGAGGGCCGACGAAUACUUCGAGAACAAGAAGAGUUGAGGCGGCAAAGAAUUCGUGAGCAGGAGCAAGAGGAGGCGAUUCGUCGGCUUCGUUCGAAUGAUCGCCACCUCCUUUUCUGCGUUUAUUGCAAGAGGCUGGGCCACAUUGUGUCACGAUGCUCCCGCGUAGCAACGAAAAGCUCUUCUGGGAGACAUGUGGUUACCAGCCACCUGUCGCCCUGCCUCGGGUCGCGCCGAAGAACAAAGCCCAAGACAAGAUGGGUGCCGACCAACGCAACGGUCCAUCAAUCCUAUCAUGCUCCCGGGGUGCCACCUGCAGGCUGCCAGCUCCAAAACUCCGGAGCUGGCGACUGUAAGCCCAUUCCGCUCCGUGGCGCUCGCCGAUUUCCCAUUUCCAUUAUUGAUUCGAUGUUUUUCCAGUGUCUUGAUUACCCAACGCCACGGGUCCGAUUUCCAGAGCUGAAGGGCUGCAUGACUCAUCUCAUGAAUAAGUUAACCCAAGACGAGGUUGAGGACGCUAAAUUCGUGGAAUACCACGCCUUGAUUGCACAAUUAAACUCUCAUAACAUCACCACAGACGCCCUUAUUAGGGAGGCCAUCGUAUAACUUCGUAGUACUAAUGUUGACAUGUUCCUAAAAGAGAUACAGCAAGACUUCAAGCAUUGGAUACAAAUCGAACCCUUUCCGCAUGAUGUGGCGCAGGCCUUACACUAGCCACUCUGCCGUUGUGGCUGGCGCGACGAUGACGACACACCAACUUGAGAGCUCCCGGCUCCCCGAUCCUUGGCAGAAU